CCCGUCAUGGGCUCCGUGCUGCCCGGCUCCUCGCUGGGCCUGAAGCCGGGCUUCAAGCCGCAGCAGCAGCCGCUUUCUCUGGCGGACAUCAUCACCUCGGACAUCCUGCACAGCUUCCUGUACGGCCGCUGGAGGCACGUGCUGGGCGAGCAGCCGCACCACCACGCGCACCAGCAUCACCUGCAGCACGAGGACCGAACCGCGCCGAGCGCGAGCCCCAAGACCGCCUUCACCGCAGAGGUGCUCGCGCAGUCCUUCUCCGGAGAGGUCCAGAAGUUGUCCAGUCUGGUUUUACCCAGCGAGGUGAUCAUCGCUCAGAGUUCAGUUCCAGGAGAAGGUUUGGGUAUUUUCUCUAAAACGUGGAUUAAAGCAGGAACAGAAAUGGGACCUUUCACCGGACGCCUCAUCUCACCUGAACACAUCGACCUGUACAAGAACAACAACCUCAUGUGGGAGGUAUUUAAUGAGGACGGGACAGUCAGGUAUUUCAUCGAUGCCAGUCAGGAGGACCAGAGGAGCUGGAUGACGUACAUUAAAUGUGCGAGGAACGAGCAGGAGCAGAACCUGGAGGUGGUUCAGAUCGGCAGCAGCAUCUUCUACAAGGCUGUGGAGACGAUCCCUCCGGACCAGGAGCUGCUGGUCUGGUACGGAAACUCCCACAACACCUUCCUGGGAAUCCCUGGAAUUCCUGGAGGAGACGAAGAACACGUCAAGAAGACCAAGAGCGAUGAGUUCCACACCUGUGAAGGUUCCUCUUCCUCCUCCUCCUCCUCCUCCUCCUCCUCCUCCUCUUCAUCCUCCACAAGUCUCGGCCGCAUGCGUUGCGUCAUCUGCCACCGCGGCUUCAACUCCCGCAGCAACCUGCGCUCCCACAUGCGCAUCCACACGCUGGACAAGCCGUUCGUCUGCCGCUUCUGCAACCGCCGCUUCAGCCAGUCGUCCACGCUGAGGAACCACGUCCGGCUGCACACCGGCGAGCGGCCCUACAAGUGCAACGUCUGCCAGUCCGCGUACUCGCAGCUGGCCGGCCUGCGGGCGCACCAGAAGAGCGCCAGGCACCGGCCCACCGGCGGCGACCCCGGGGCCCCCGGCAGAGGAGUAGUGGUGGUGGGAGGAGGAGGAGGCGUGCACGCUGAUCACUCACCUCCUACUCCUAACCCUCCACAGCUGACCGCCAUGCCGCAUCCCGCGUCACUGGUUCACCACAUUCCCACCAUGGUGCUGUGAGGGAGACACACCAAACUACACACACACACACAUCUUACCUGAAAAACAAGAUCAAAUAUUUAAACAAACUAAGACAGAAGCCUGUUCAGAUCCAGGUGUACCCUGUUACCCAGGUAACCAGUCUGGCCAACCGGGGCUGAGCGUUCUGGUAUCUUGACUCCAGACCUCACACCUCUGAAUUGUUCAGUGAUUCAAAUAGUUAACAGCAAAGCAAACUGAGUUUUAUAGGUGAGAUUAAGAAAGAAGACAUCAGCUUCAUUUUUUUGUGGAUGAGAUGUGAGAGUUGCUGUAAGUCGACACACAGAAACAUCGACUCUUAGAUCAACGUAUUUCUUUGAUUAACAUGAUAAACAUUGAGUUUCCUCCUCCGACAGCGUCCGUGUCCACUGAACAUGACGUCGACCGGACGGAUACAUCAGGUCACUGCUGAUUAGUUAGAGCAGAAAACAUGAGCAGCAUGUCACACUGUCAGUCUGAUUAUCAGGCUGAUGUUGGACCACAUGUGGGAUCAGACCAUCAGUUAAGAUCACAAAAUAAUGAUGAGAAACCAACAAACCGUUCAACACGUUACUGACCUUUGACAGCAGAAUAUUUAACAAUGACUCACUUCAACGUGCCAAAAACAAAGCCGAGCUGUAAACUGUUUAAAAGUGCUCCUUUUUUUAAAUUACAGAUGAAAUCUUUAUUGAUCAAAACAUAAAGGAUGAGGUUUUAAUCUGUUAAUGAUGUCAGGAUUAGCCAGCAGAUGUCGCUAAAUAACUGAAUCUGAAUAACUGAAUGAUUCGAGCCGAGACAUUUUCGGCUACCUGGGUAACAAUUUACAACAAACACUCCUCAGUGUCGCUUUAACAUCAGCUUGUUCUCUAAACACAAAAUCAAUCAGACUGAUCAGAGGUAAAGCUGGGGGUCGGAGGUUUGUGUUGGUGUUAGUCAUGUGCACACACACACACACACACACACACACACACACACACACACACACACACACACACACUCAGAUAAACACAGAUACACUCACACACCAGUUAAAGUCUGCUACGUCUUUAUUUAAAUGUUUAAAAGACGAGAAGACUCUGAAACUUGUUAUAAACUCUGAUGAUGUUGCAUGAAGAGACGGUGUUUGCCAGUAACUCCACCCGUCCACGUCAGUAUCUUUGAGAUGAUGAUGAUGAUGUCGUGCUUUGGUUUGCAUGCAGUUAAAGGUUGUAAUGUGAGUGUUGUAAACAAGGAGGCGCUACAGUCUGAACACUGAGGCUCCUUCAGAGGAGUUUCCUGAGUUUCUGGUAGAUUAUCCUGCUGGUCAGUCUGAAGAAACCAUGCUAACACGUUAGCCAUGUUAGCAGCUACAUGCUAAAGCUCAAAUUAACAUUUCACAUCUGAGCAGCUGCAAGCGUUAAUGUCUGUUUAUGUGUGAACACGACCUCGUAGAAUGUAAGUAUUAAUAUUAACAUCUCAACAAUUUAACAUAAAGUAGUAAAGAUCCUAUAACGUACUUAUUCAAGUAUCAUCAGAGCCUUAAUAAAACUCCCGCCAUGCUAACUAACACUUUAGCAUGUACCAUGCUGAGCGAUACUAGCCACCGUUGGGUAAUAGUUUUUACAUUUUAAAAUAACUGAAAUGUUGAGUGACAGUAAGCUCCAUGCUAACACUUAGCAUCUCAACGCUAAGAUUUAACAAUGUGUUAGCUUAGCAGAUGGUAAGCAAGAUGCUAUACCUUUAGCAUUCUUUACUAAUAGCACAGUACGAACUGCUGAAGUCCAUAAAAGAUGAUUAGUUUUCAUCUUGCGUGCAUGAGAUUAAAAAAGGAAUCAUAUUUCAGGACUUUGAGGUCUAUGCAGUGUUGCUCAAAGUUAGCUGCAUGCUAAAGUGUUAGCAUAAUGGAUGAUCUUUGUUUUGUUUUCAUCACUUCAGCUUUACUGACCGAACAGUAAAUCUACUACAAACUCAGCAGAGUCCUUUAAAGAAGCUCACUACUUAUUAAAACAGGCAGAACUUGAAAUGUAAAAGUAUUUUAUUAUUGUUAUUAUUAUUAUUAUUAUUAUUAUUAUUAUUACCAGUUUAUGUCUGUGGUUCUUAAUCUAUGACUUGAGGCCCAAAUUGGGUCUCAGGCCUUUUUCUUUCAGACUGAUCGGAUGCAGUCGGCAUAUUAGAAUCAAUAAUGUCUGAUCUUUGUAAAUGUUUUUCCCCCUGAGGUCUGAUAUCUGUAUAAACUAAUGUUGAGGAUUCAGAAUAACAUGAAAAUAGAAGUUAAAUAUCAGCCGAGUCCCUUUAGCUUUUCUCUUCAUGGGUUGUAAAUAGUGAAAGAAGAAUGUGAAUAUAAACAUGAGAUGUGCUUUAUGCCCAGAAUAUAAUUCAGCUGUCACUUUAUCUCUGUAUAUGUGUAUAUGUACGAGGUCAUAUAUGACACAUGUAUCGGUAUAUGAAGUAUGUUAUGUUGACUUCUAUAGAGGACAUUGUAUUUGAGCCUAUAUACUCCUAAUAAAGUAUUACUUGACCUUUA